UAACAAAGUUAUUUACAUAGAAAUUUGUCUGAAAAGCACCGGGAGGAGCGCCAAGCUUAAUGGAAUUAUGAAUCCUACUCCCACAACCGGUCGUGGUCAAGCGCGCGGUCGUUUUAUACGUGGUCGGGCUCGCGGUGGUGGCGCUUAUCGUCCGUAUUUCUAUUUCCGCCGAAAUGGGCGUGUUAUUCCGGCUCGCGGUCAAUCCCAUUCAAAUUCUAAUCGUGGUAGGUCGGUUUCAAAUAUUGAUGGGGGAUCUUCUCCAGCUCCAGGUCCUGCUCGCCCCAAACCCAGAGGCUGGAAUGUCAAAGCCAGUUCUCUUGACUGUAGCUUUCUGCGUCCCGAGAACUAUGUGGCUCCCGAGGAUGGUUUUGGUCUGCAAGUGCAAAGCUUUCUUGUAGACAGUCCAUCAACUCAUCCAGGCUGGAGGCUCUACUUUCUGAAGGACUCAUACGUACCAAACAGUGAUCUGGCCAAUCGCCUAAUGGCCGUGGAAGCUCACUAUCAGCGUAACCCAAUUAAAUAUAAUUAUGCGGAUGCAGGAAAACGCGGUUUCUUUUCCUUAAGUGCCUCAACCAUUGUCGGCGAUGAGCAGCUGAAGAAAGAUUGGCCCACCCUAAUUGAUGACUUGCGUAUGCAUCCGAUGCGCACUUUGGGCACUUUGGGGCUGGCUAUGCAUACGGUGGUAGUGAAUCACGAGUUAGAUACCAAGGAGAGCAACGAGUCACAGGAAAGUUCCGAACUGGACAUAGUUCUUCAAAUCAUUGAGGAACCCAUGCCCACACGUAAGAUCUAUGCGCGUCCAGUGAAUUUCGUUCCGGUGGAGCUUAUCAAUAGCAUCGACAAUAGUCGAGUGGACACACUGGUCUCAGUGCGUGGCAUUGUGCGCAGUGUGGGUGAGCCGACCUAUGGUCUGUCUUGGCAAUCCUUCAGAUGCACCCGCUGCCAAAGCGAACAGGCAAUGCGUCAGCGCGGCACCUUUGCUCCGCGUCCAUAUCACUGCAAAAAAGCUCUCUGUGGGGCCAAGGACGAUUUCCUUGCUCUACGGAGUUCUCCGCACACGCGAUUGCUGGUCAGACAAAUAAUACGGAUAGAGGAGUCGAGUCUCUUACAAAUUUGCGACAUUGAGCACAAUACUCCAACAGAAUCGGAUGUAGAGUUGCGUCAGGAUUUGGUCGAUUCCGUUAUUGUGGGCCAAGAAAUCGUCAUCUGUGGAGUACUAAAGCUAAGGGAAUUAAGCGAACUCCCUAGCACAUCGUCAGGAGCACCUUCAGGGGAUAUGCAGUCGUAUAUCAAGGCGGUUGGCAUACAGGAUGCUUGCAAGGUGAAGCGGGAAUUCAGUGAACGUGAUUUGGGAGCCAUUGCCGCAAUAAAUGCCGAACCUAAUAGCUUCAAAUUGUUAGUGCAGUCCCUUGCUCCAGAGGUUCAUGGACACGAGAUACCAAAGGCUGCCUGUCUGCUCUCCCUUUUCGGUGCUUCUGGCUCUGCGAUGUCAGAGUUCAACAACAAAUCGGCCAAUGUCCUGCUUAUUGGUGAUCCUGGUGUCGGCAAGUCUAAGAUUGUGCAUAACUGUGUCCAGCUGUCCGACAGAGUUGCUCACAUAAAUGGAAAAAGAGGAGCUCAAUCUGCUCAAAAGUUGGGCGUUUCGUUUGGUGGACGGAACAAGCGAGUGAUGGAGUCAGGCGCCCUCUGCGUGGCCAACAAGUACGGUCAUUGUGUUCUCGAUGAUGUGGAUAAAAUUGCCUCCAAGCAAUUGGUACUCCUGCAGUCAAUGCAAUCGGGCGAAUUCAAUAUACCAUUACCCGGACUUUUCGCUACCUUAGUGACCCAACCUUCUGUCAUUGCUAGCGCGAAUCCGCAGCGUGGUCAAUACGAUCCUGGAAGAUAUCUUUUACAGAACAUACGACUCACUGCUGGCUUACUGAAAGAGUUUCAUUUGGUAUAUAUCUUGCUUGAUAAUCCUUCGCCAGAAAGAGAUCAAUCGUUGGCUGCCCAUGUGCGUGCACUGCACGCAGGAUUCAAGAAUCGAAAAAAAAUAUCUGCUCGCUAUGCCCUUAAGCCCAGACCCAAUGAUUCCAUGGGUGAGUCGACUUUCUAUCAGAAUCAGUCGUCGAUGGAUAGUGCAGACUUAUCCGUUAUACAAUUGGACUAUGAUUUAAAUCGACUACUCCAAUUGACUGAGGAAGACGACGAACUGGACCUGCUGCCGCCCAUACUAAUGAAGAAAUUCAUAGCCUAUACCCGGCAAUCUGUUCAUCCCUUGCUAAAUGAUCAGGCCAUCAAGUCGAUUAGCGAAUUCUUCUUCAAGCUGCGGGAGCUCAGUGAGACGGAGCAUGGCCAAAGCCAGAUUGGAACAGGACAACUUUUAGGCCUAAUUCAUCUAUCACAGGCACGUGCACGUUUAGAUCUAUCCAAUACGGUUACCAAUCUUCACGUACGCGACAUUAUCGCUCUGGUAAGCGAAAGCAUUGCCCAAACUAGCCUUAUUACGGAACACGGGGGCAUGGCCCAGGGUCGUGGUCAAGCAAUGAUGGCAUCAAGUGCUGGCGGUAGUCGCAAUUCUCAGCUUCGAAAUUUCAUUCAUAUGCUGCACUUACGUUCGGAGGCUCAGUGUCGCAGAAUCUUCGACUAUGAUGAGCUAAAGGAAAUCGCUAAACGUGCUGGCAUCAUGACGGGCAUUAGCCAACUUGUCGAAAUCGCCAACAUGGGCGGUCACAUACUCAAAAAAGGGCCCGACAUGUAUGAAUUGGUCCCGGAAUAGUUUAAUUCAAACCAGCACUAAACCACUAAAUCAAUUAAAUAUGCAUAAAACUAUUUAUGCAUUGUAUUAAAGUAUUAGUUUGUAAGACAUCUUACUUUAUCUAAGAAGUAAAGAUAAAUGAAAUAGUAAUGAGGCUAAGAAAUUGCCCAGCAAUUGUUUAUAAUUUUCAAUAUAUUCAUAAAGUUAAUCUCAUAUUCUAUCAUACUAUUAUCUCUUUCAUUCAUACUAUCUCACCUUUAAUUGAGAUAAACUGCAGGUGUAAUAAAAAAGAAAUCCAAAAAAAAAUUGGCACCCAAAA